AUCGACAAUCGGUAUCUAAGUUCUAAGUCGUGGUCCUUCCUUGCUGCGUUAGGUGCAGUUGAUAUUGGCUACUAAAACGCGGCAUUUUUCUUCAUAAUAAUGGAGUCAUUGCAGCUUCGAGGUACCCUUGUGGGUCACAGCGGCUGGGUCACCCAGAUUGCUACCAGCCGCAACUUUCCUGACAUGAUUCUGUCCUCUUCACGAGACAAGUCUCUGAUCCUGUGGAAGCUUGUGAGGGAUGAAAACAACUAUGGUGUGCCCCAGAAGCGCCUUCAUGGGCACAACCACUUCAUCUCUGAUGUGGUGCUGUCUUUGGAUGGACAUUUUGCUCUUUCGGGAUCCUGGGACAAGACCCUGAGACUGUGGGACUUGGCUGCUGGCAAGACUACCCGCCGCUUCGAGCACCACACCAAGGAUGUGCUCUCGGUCGCCUUCAGUGCCGACAACAGGCAGAUUGUGUCUGGAUCUCGCGACAGAACCAUCAAGCUGUGGAACACGCUGGCUCAGUGCAAGUACACCAUCGUUGAGGACUGCCAUGAGGACUGGGUGUCCUGUGUCCGAUUCUCGCCUUCCAACAACAACCCCAUCAUUGUCUCCUCGGGAUGGGACAAGACCGUCAAGGUUUGGAGCCUGACCAACUGUAAGCUCAAAACUAACCACUACGGCCACACCGGCUUCCUGAACACCGUGACCGUGUCUCCCGAUGGUUCCCUGUGUGCCUCUGGUGGCAAGGACGCUAAAGCCAUGCUGUGGGAUCUGAACGAUGACAAGCAUCUCUACACUCUAGACCACCCCCACACUAUCAACAGCCUCUGCUUCAGCCCCAACAGAUAUUGGCUGUGCGCCGCUACUGGACCUUCCAUCCAGAUCUGGGAUUUGGAGGGCAAGAACCUGGUGGACGAGCUCAAGCCUGAUGUCAUUUCCCACAACUCGAACUCGAAGGCUGAGCUUCCUCAGUGCCUGUCAAUGGCCUGGUCCUUCGACGGCCAGACCCUCUUCGCUGGCUACAGCGAUAACAAGAUCAGGGUCUGGCAGGUCAGCGUGUCUGCGCGCUCUUAAAUAUUCCAGUAAAAAAACUGGUCUGA